AUGUUUGGGCACUAUAUCCCUCCAGAGUUGAGUGACUUAGUACAAGCUAGUGUUUUCGUGCCGUUAGUUGGACCUAAUGGUCGCCUAAACGGGCGCAACUCACCAUACACAUUUCCCAUGGCCCAUCUACCUGUGACGCACAUAUCGACUUCUCGCGUGAGCUUUUUUUUCGACCCAUCUAUUUUUUUUUUGUUCCGAAGAAGGUAG